CAUGAGUCAGGACUUUGAAGCUCCUCUGGAGAGCUCUCUCGUCUCAUUACCGCCUGUUGCAGGCUGUAGGGAACCGCUAAGGAGAGAGGGGUUCCACGGAGCAGCAGAAAGACCCCUGGCUUGAACCUUCUCUGCCUUCCCAUCGAGCUCUCUCUGCAAGCAUACAGAUCCAGCCAACCAGGGGAUGUUACCUCCAGGCUGAGCGUUAGGAAGAGAACAAGAAGUACACGGAAAGAGUGAACGGAAGCCCAAAGGGAAUGACAGAUCAGAGGCAGGACUAUGAAGCUGACAUUCAGAGGGAAAUUGAUAUUGAAGGAUACGACGACCCUGCAGUGAAACACUCCAACAUGUCGCUUGCAACCAAAAGCGAUCACCAAGUCAGCGCUUGCCAGCGUCUCUUUAUGGCGUGUGUCUCUUUCUGUCGUUCCUUCUGGCCUGGUCACCGCCGGAGAGCGUAUCACCUGAGUAGGAGGAGGAGGAUGGAAAGGGUAUCCCCCUCAGGGAAGGCAGGACACUUUCAGAGCUGUGAGGACAAUGGACCAAGUGGCUCCUCACCUGAGGAAGCAAUAGGAAGUGGGGAGGCUGCCCCAUCACCCUCCUGUCGCAGAAACACACAUGAGGCAUUUGUAGAACUUCAUGAACUGGUCAUGGACAGGAACAACGAGCUUCGCUGGAUGGAGGCUUCUCACUGGAUCAACCUGGAAGAGGAUUUUGAGGAGAUGGGGCACUGGGGAAGACCACACCUCUCCUAUUUGAAUUUCCAGAGCCUUCUGGAGGUGCGCAGGGCUUUCAGCAAAGGAACUGUUCUUCUAGACCUGCAAGAGAAGAGCCUAGCUGGGAUUGCCCAUCAGAUGCUUGAUGAAAUGAUCCAUGAAGAGAUCAAGCCGGAUGACCGAGAGUUAGUCUUAAGGACUCUCCUCCUUCAGCACAGUCACCCUGAUGAGUCUGCUUCAGUGGGGACUCUUCUGCCUGGGCGGCUGGACAGAACUGAUGGCCAGGACUCAGGACAGCCACUUCUGCAAGAACAUCACCAGAUUGAGAUGAAGACCUUCCCUGCUGACUCAGAGCAGGAAGGCUCCAGCGGUGGUAUUAAGAAGCCAUUGGCAGAUAAGAUCCCACCUGAUGCAGAAGCGACACUGGUCCUGGUUGGCCGUGCCAGCAUCGUGGACCAUCCCACUCUAGCCUUUGUGCGCUUGAAGGAUGCUGUAGAACUGGACUACGUUCUGGAGGUUCCUGUGCCUGUCCGGUUCCUUUUUGUGGUUCUGGGCCCAGAUUCCCCUCACGCCAACUACUACCAUGAGAUUGGGAGAGCCAUCUCAACAAUGAUGUCCGAAAGGGUGUUCCGCCUUGACUCCUACAUGGCAGGAAGUAGGCAAGACUUGCUGAAGAGCCUGGAUGCAUACCUGGACUGUUGCAUCGUCGUCCCGCCCUCUCAUAUCCAAAGUGAAACGCUCCUUAAGUCGUUGUUUCCAGUGCAGAAGGAGCUCCUGCGAAAAAGGUACCGGCCGGAGGAGAGGACGGAGCUCACCAAACAGCUUGAGCAAGAAUUGCAGGGCCAAGCCUUCAAGACCCCAGAAAAGGAUGAUGAUGACCCCUUGAGCAGGACUGGCAGGCCUUUCGGAGGGCUGGUGAGGGACAUAAAACGCCGGUACCCCAAAUACCUCAGUGACAUCACGGACGCUCUCAAUGCUCAGUCUCUGGCUGCCGUCAUCUUUAUCUACUUUGCUGCCCUUUCUCCUGCCAUUACCUUUGGAGGCCUUCUGGGUGAGAAGACUGAGAAGCAGAUGGGAGUAUCUGAGCUUCUGAUCUCCACAGCAGUCCAGGGCGUCAUCUUCUGCUUGCUUGGAGCUCAACCUUUGCUUGUGAUUGGCUUUUCUGGUCCCCUUCUGGUCUUUGAAGAAGCCUUUUAUGGGUUUUGUCAGAGUUUAGAAAUCGAGUACCAUCCGGGGAGAGUCUGGAUCGGCCUCUGGCUUAUAAUAUUGGUAUUGGUGGUGGUGGCUUUUGAGGGCAGCUUCCUGGUACGUUACAUCUCCCGCUACACCCAGGAGAUCUUCUCCUUCCUCAUCUCCCUCAUCUUCAUCUACGAGACUUUCUUCAAACUCUACAAGAUUUUUGAGAAAUUCCCUCUGCAGCCAGCCUAUAACAUCACUGUUCUAAAUGGGGAUCCAGACUAUCCUGUACCCAACACAGCCCUGCUUGCCCUUAUCCUCAUGGCAGGAACGUUUUUCAUCGCCUUUUUCUUGCGCCAAUUCAAGAACAGCAGUUUCUUUCCUGGCAAGAUCCGCCGUGUGAUUGGUGACUUUGGUGUCCCUAUUGCCAUCUUCCUCAUGGCAUUGGUAGACUACUUUAUUGAAACCACCUAUAGUCAGAAACUGAAAGUCCCCAAAGGCCUUGAUACCACCCAUCCAGCAAGGAGCUGGUUUGUUCAUCCACUUGGAGAAGAUGGGGCGUUUCCCUGGUGGAUGGCGCUCGCUUCCGUUGUGCCAGCCCUCUUGGUCUUCAUCCUCAUCUUCUUGGAGUCACAGAUCACCACGCUGAUUGUGAGCAAACCUGAAAGGAAGCUGGUGAAGGGUUCAGGUUUCCAUCUAGACCUGCUUCUAAUUGUUGGCUUGGGGGGUAUCGCACCCCUUUUCGGCGCACCUUGGCUCAGUGCCACCACAGUGAGGACUGUCACACAUGCUAAUGCCCUGACGGUGAUGUCCAAGACUACAGUCCCAGGGGAGAAGGCCCAUGUCCAGGAAGUCAAGGAGCAAAGGAUCACUGGCUUGCUGGUGGCCAUUCUUGUAGGCCUUUCCAUCUUCAUGGAGCCCAUCCUGAAGCUCAUUCCACUUUCCGUGCUCUUUGGCAUCUUCCUGUACAUGGGGGUGACAUCCCUAAAUGGGAUCCAGCUUUAUGACCGAAUCCUUCUCAUGCUGAAGCCGCCCAAAUACUACCCGGAUGUGCCUUACGUUAGAAAGGUAAAGCCUUUGCGGAUGCACCUCUUCACCUUCACGCAGAUUUUGUGCCUGGUCUUGCUGUGGGUAGUGAAAACCACCCCAGCCUCCCUCGCCUUGCCUUUCGUCCUCAUCCUGACAGUGCCUGUGAGACGCUACCUGCUGCCAUGUUUCUUCAGCAAUGUUGAACUCAAGUAUUUGGAUGCUGAUGAUGCUGAAGUGGAUUUUGAUGAGACAGAAGGCCGGGAUGUUUAUGAUGAAGUCCAGAUGCCUCUUUGAGCACACAGUGUGCUGCAUCCUUAUGACAGAUAAGGAAUCGAGAGCCCUCCCCCAAAACACCAGGCAAAAAACCCCAAACAAAACCAGAAUCUGGAGAACGUUUCCCCCUUAUGUAUGUUUAUCAGUAUACAAAAGUGGCAUACUGGUAAAUACCCCAUAGAUGUAAAUGACAAAACAUGGAUUUUGUAGGAUUUAAAUAGCUUGCAUAUGCUUUAGAUAUUUUUCAACCAGCCACUGUAGUUCUGUAGUGAAAUGUUAACAAAGAUUUAGAAAAUAUAUAUUUUCCCCCCCAGAAGGUAUUUGGGGGCGAGGGGGAAUCAAAGCUAUGCAAGAAUUGUGAGGAGAUGGGAAGGGCAUCCAUGGACUCCACUUUUUAUACUACCUGUCACCCCACUGCUGUGUGUGUGUGUGUGUGUGUGUGUGUGUGUGUGUGUGUGUGUUUCCACACAAGUGUGUAUGCAUGUGUGUAAGGCAUUAUCCGUUGUGUGCAGAAAGCCCCACCCACGGCCUUCCCAAGGCAGGAAGUACUUCUGCCACUGACAUCGAUAUGAAGUUUUGGAAAGAAAUCCUGAAAAUCCAACUUAUAUCCUCAAGAUGGGUCAAACAGCUAAUGUCAGAAUGGACCAAGAUGCACAAAUGAAGCUGGGAAGAAGUGACAUGUUCUUUCUCGGACCUGGGAGAUGCUAGGUCAGAAAACUCUGAGCACACAAAUGAGGCACAGAACAAAAACAACAGCGAAGAAAGUCAACAUCCUGGCAAAGGAAAGAAGCAACAACCAUCACCUCAGAUUAGAAACGUGAUAUGGAGGAAUGGCAAAACCACCCAGUUGCGGAGAAGGAUCAAGACUGCUCCUUGAGCGAGAAGGCUGUUGGGUUAACAAAAUCAGUUACCGUAUGUCCUGGCACAGUGGGGAAGUCCAUUGCCCCCCCAAAAAACAGGUUCAAGGGAAAGCUGCCCCCCAGAUUUAACUCUUUUUUGCAAUUCCCCCCUAGCCUGCCCCACUUGGACUAAAACUAUGGUGCUAAAAAGUCUGGAAGGCAUCAUCUAGAAGAAAUGUCUCAUCAUCUAGAAGAAAUCUGCCUUGUUUGCAUCCAUUGCAGUUAAGUAACAGCAUGUUACUUCUUCAUGGAAGAAAAAUCUAUCAAGGGCUCGUGGUGGCAACCAGGAGUAGAGGCUGGUGCCUCUGAAUAUUAGUCACCAUAGCAGGAGAGUCUAGCUGUGGGCUUCCUACAGGCAUCUUGGCUGGCCACUGUGAGAACAGGAUGCUGGACCACAUAGGCUUUUGGCUGGAUCCGGCAGCAGAGCUUUUUAUGUUCUUAUUAAAGCCACUUUAAGAGAAAUGCUCUCUUUAGUAUGAAUUAGCUACAAAAAAAUAAGCUUGUCUUAAUGGAGAACAAUAACCAGGGCUGGGCGUGUGUUUAAAGUGCAGAAUCUGUUGUCCUCUGCAGGCUGGAGUCCCGGGACUCUUUAACUUUUUUAAUUUUUAAAGGAAUUCUAGUCCUCAUGAUACAGGGAAUGCUUGCAAAUCUCUUCCAGCAGGUCCUGUCUUUCUCUUUUGCCUCCCCUGCCUUGCAUGGUAACACAUACCAAAAUAUAUGAAAACCUGUAUCAGGGAAGCAUAGCUGAGCAGAUGCCUGCAAACAAGAUUUAAAAUUUGCAGAAUAUAUUCUUAUUGCAGAGUACAUAUUUUAUUUUUUUCACAGUAUACACAUAUAGCUACAAGAACUCUCAUAUGCACCUGUCUGAGUGGUGCAUGAAUGUGCCAAUAGCAGCUCUGCUUAAUGAUUUAUGGCUAAUCUCAUGCAUUGCUUUAUGGGGUUCCCUAUCCUCCACUCUCCUCCUAAAAGCUGUGUGCUAGGUGCUGUUUCUCUUCAAACAGCCAGCAGCCUUAAAUCAAGGUAUAUGUCCUCACUGACCUUCAUCUGGCUCCUACAUGCUGCCACCACCACCAAGUCAAAUAGCUAACGAUAAGCUCUCAGGCAAGUAGCUUCCUCCUCCUGAUUCUACCUCACGCGGCUAACAAGUGCUACACCUGUCUGUUGAAAUGAUCCAGACCCUUUUGCACUGGUCUGAUGCACAACCCCAUCAUCUCCCCUCGAAUAUACGUAUCAUGUCAUGCUAUCCGUCAAUAUAUUUAGGAUAAUUAAAAAACUUCACUUGUUGUGACAAACAGGAAUCCAGAGCUGGCAGUAGCUGUUCUAGCAUAAAUAGUGUUUUUAGUGGUUACUUCCUCAAAAGAAAGUGACCAGACAAAUCUGGUACCACAUUUUAAUUUUUUUUUUAAAUGGGCAGCCUGACUUUUCUAAAUCCCAGGCAUGCGUGGGCUACUGUGGUGAUUCACUGCAAGCAAAAAGCUGUUGCAAUAUGCCCAGCAGUGCUCUGCCCGUCGUUGCUAUUUUGCAUAAACCAGGACUGAACCCUGGGCUCAAAUUAAGGGUUGGUUAGCAUGAAUUCAAUUAGCAAUAGGAUUAGGAGAAACAAACGGUAGCAUUUCUUCUUCCUAUUGCAUAACCAAUUUAUGGAACUAAUUGCCACAAGCUGUAGUGAUGGACGCUAGCUCUGGUUAUGUUGUUUUUUAGUAAUUAUUAUUAUUAUUAUUAUUAUUAAAAGGAUUUGAUGAUUCAAGGACAAUCAGUGGAUGUUCGACACGACAAAUCAGGAGAACCUCCAUCUUUGGAGGCAAUAUACCAAUAGCAUACCACUAGAUAAUGAGGGCAAACUACAAGGGAGGGCAAUUUGUGGCAUGCCUUGUGAGUUUCCCAGAAGCAGCCAACUGGCUACUGUUGAGAAGGCAAAAAAUUAGAUGAACCAUUGGUUGGAGUUUCUGUCUUUUAUUUAUGCAGCCUCAGGGGGAACAAAUCAAGAAACACAUUCCAGCUUUUAAUCUGAGCAAAAUGGUAAAUUGAACAGACCGAUUAAUUAGUUAAUGCUGUGUGUCUGUGUGUGAAUGUGUGAAGGGGGAUCUUGAGACUAGACCCCUCUUUCUUGACAGAAUUAACCAUACCAGCUUGUGUCGGCUGAAGUUCGACAUUUCCACGUUACAUUAAUUAAAGACAUAAACUCUAAGGGCUAUGUAAUUGUAUCCUGAAGCCACACUGCUAUAAUUAGGGUUGCCAUUUGGAGGGGGGGUAGUCUUGCAGGUUUUCUUUGCCUUUUAACAGCUGCAUGACAGGCAGAAACUCAACAGAUGGAUCAUUUUUUCCAGUGUGGCAUUGCAGUGAUACGGCAAGCUUUACUGGCUGAUUUUUUAAAAAAUAAAAUAAAAAUUUGCCACUUAAUCUAGGUGUAAAGGCACAGGAGUCCUCUCAGGAAGAAAGUUGGCAUCUCUAGUUGUUGUACACAUUUUAAGUUGGUGAUAAUGAGCUUUUGUAAUUUAUUAAAAUUCAUUUUUAAUAGCUUUUUGCUUUGCUAGGUUAAAAAAAAAUACAAUGCAGGAUUUCACCUGCGCUUUGCAUGCAAUUGUGUGUUGCAUUUCCUUUAUGUUAUUUUUCUCCGAUUGACUUUAGAGAUGAUUGAUUCAGCCAAUUGUAUUACAAUUGUUUUCUUGAUUAUAACGACAAUUAACAAAAGCAAUAAACCUUUUUCUUUCUUUUUUUU